AUGGCGAUGUACCAGGACGACGCGCAAGACACGGGUCUGCGCGGACCCGUGCCGCGCGAUGCACGCCUCAUCGCGCUCAUCCUCGCCUCGAUGGGCGUCUCGGACGUUGAACCAGCCGUCCUACUGCAGCUGCUCGAGUUCGCUCACCGCUACACGUACGACGUUCUGUCCGACGCGCUCGUCUACGCAGACCAUGCCAGCGCCCGUCAAGCCUCCAGCAGCCUUUCCCUCGACGACGUCAAUCUCGCAAUCCAAUCGCGCGUCAACUAUUCGUUCACCAAACCCCCCGAAAAAGACAUGCUGCUGGCACUUGCAAGCACGGUAAACGCGAUCCCGCUGCCGCCUAUUUCGGACCGACACGGCGUGAGGUUGCCGCCGGCAGCUCACUGCCUCACCAAUGUCAACUUUAGCUUGGUCCCCAACCCUCCCCCUGCGGACGCGGAGGAGUUUGAAGAUACAACACUCCUGCAUCAGUCGCAACAACAAACACAAACACAGGCACAGAGCACACAGACUUCAUCGCUCUUCGAUGCGAAUACUGCACACGAUGAUGGCGAUGUGUCCAUGACCGCUACCCAACCAUCCCAACUCACCGCACCCAGCCAGUCCGACGAUGCAAGAGGCACAAAACGAAGCCUCGACGAAGACGAAGACUACGACUGA